GGGAGCCGCGCAGGACAACACGGGUUAAGUUAUGUAAGCCCUUUUGGGGAGGGGUGGAGGAAAGGGGCGCUGCCGGCGUGGCUGCGGCGGCUCAGGUUGAUUGAGGGUGGAUGACAGCGGCCUGGCGCAGGCCCACGGCAGAGGAAAGCGGCUUAGCCCCCUCCGGGUUGCCAUGGAGAUAGGCGGGCGGCGGCGGGAGCGGCGGCGGCGGCGGCGGGGCUGUCAGUGAGGCAACACCGGGCACCGGGCGGCGGCGGAGAGCGGGAGGAGGAGGAGGAGGUGGAGGAGAAGGAGGAGGUGGAGGAGAAGGCCGCGGCGGGGAGCGGUGGCGGCAGACAUGGACUCGCACUGCGACUGUGCCGAGCCUCCGGCCGCCGAGCAGCCGUCGGGGAAGAUUAACAAAACCGCCUUCAAAUUGUUCAAGAGGAGGAAAUCCGGGGGCACCAUGCCGAGCAUCUUCGGGGUGAGGAGCAAAGGUGGGGAGGGGAAGGGCGCGAGCAAGACGGGGAUGGUGCGGAGCAGGACGCACGAUGGCUUGGCCGACGCCGUGCUGGAGAGCGGCAAGAAGGAGGACGCGGGCGGCGGCGAAGCGCAGGGGAAGGAUGCUCCGAGCCGGGCGGCCGGCGGCCUCGGCGGCUCCGCCAGCAGCUCGGUGGCCAAAUCGCACAGCUUCUUCUCCCUGCUGAGGAAGAACGGGAGGCCGGAGAACGGCAAGGCGGCGGAGAAUGCGGAGCAGCGGGCUGGCGGCAGACAAAAGAAGGGGCUGAAAGGGAUCUUCAGCAGCAUGCGGUGGCACAGAAAGGACAAAAUCGGCAAAGAGGAGAGGGGAGAGGCCUCAGAAAUCCCGUCCGGUCUUAUUAUGCCGGGGUCUCUGACUGCCAGCUUGGAGUGCAUCAAAGAGGAGACGCCGAAACCUUUGUCUGAAACUCCGAACGGCGCAGGAGACACCGGUGUGGAAUCGCAGCAGGAGAAGCGUGGCGGAGAUGCAUGUGUCUCGGCCGAGGAGCCCCAGGCGGGAGGGGGGGAGUCGCGGGACAGCAAAACUCCCCCCGGAGAGGACCCUGCUGCUGCUGCAAGGCGACUCGAGGAGCUCUGCGGUGAGCGACCGGACCCGGGCGCUGGAGAGGUUGGGACUGCGAAGGAUGCGGCCAUAACAGGCUGCGGAGAUAUUAUUGCGGACCAGGAGGAGGAUGUGGGCGGCGGAAGUGGCGGCUGCGAGAAGAGCACCCCCGGGGCCGGCAAGCUGGGCGCCCCCAAGAAGCACCCCACCAUGGUCGCUUACCAAGGAGGAGGGGAGGAGAUGGCCAGCCCGGACCAGGUGGAUGAUACCUACCUGCAAGAGUUCUGGGAUAUGCUAUCACAGACAGAGGAGACCGAGACAGGAGGAGGAGGCGGAGGUGGAGGAGGGACAAAGACACCCGAGGGGCUGAAGGAGAACAGAGGUACUGAGGGGGCCCAGAACAGGGUGGCGGUGAAACGUGGUGGCCUCAACCAGAUCCCCAUUCACCUCAACAACAAAGAGGAGCAGAAGGGCAGGGAGAAGGAACAGCACGAAGGUGUCCCAAAUAGCGACGAGGGCUACUGGGAUUCCACUACCCCUGGUCCUGAAGAAGACAGCACCACGAGCAUCCAGAAGGAGACCCUUCCCAGGGACAGCUACAGCGGGGAUGCACUCUAUGACCUCUACGCUGAGCCUGAUGAAAACCCACCAGGAGGACCUCCAGAGGAAGAGGUCACCUGUAUGCCACGCUCCAAGCCUGUAUCUCCAAUAACGACCACAUGCUCACUGAAAACACCCUCAAGCACAGUGAAGGACUCCAAAAUACCCAUCAGCAUUAAACACCUUGCAUCGCAUCCUGCUAGCCAUGGAACAGAUACCAGUAACAGCCAUCACGUUGCACACCAUCACCUGGCCAAAAGUGAAAUGCACAGAACAAAAAUUCCUGUCUCUAAGGUACUAGUCCGCCGAGUCAGUAACAGGGGCUUAGCAGGGACAACGGUGAAAGCUGCCACACACCAGGACAGUGCCAAAAAGUAAUUGAAGAGCAGGUGGAGACAAAGACGGACAGCCAUGUCAGUGUGUGAAAAUCUGCAUAGGAGACCGCAAAUAAUGUGUUAAUUCUGCAUCGCCUGAAGGAAGGAACCUAAAAGGCGUAUUUCACUAUACUACAUAGGCCUGCACUUCUGAAUCUGUAAGGCUGAAUAGGAGAAGACAACUUUUCAAGCACUUUUUUUUUACAUUUGUAUCUUUUUUUCUGCAGCACUAAAUACUGGGGAGGUUCAUUUUUACAUGCCUUUGUGGAAGCAGAACUUGGAUUAUGAACCUCAACGAGUAUCUUCCCUCAUGCAAAGCAGUGCCACAUGUUCUUCAAGGGAGCAAGAGUUAUAAAAGGAGCGACAUAAGAGGUUCCCCACUACACUUAUCUCUUAAUUGUUCCUGGGGAGGAGUGGAGGGAGGGUGCCUGGCGCCAAAAGUAGUGUUUGGUCUACAAGAUGUUGGAGGAAAAUACCAAGCAAAAAACAAAGAACCUAACAGGUAUUUUACCUGAUGUAGGAAUGAGAGCACUGCUCAGCAGCAGACUUGAUUGACUUGUGUGCAGUAGCUAAUUAAGGAGUUAGGUGGAUUUGUCCAAGAGGAAAAUCUAUUUUUGUUUGUCUGUCUGUUUGGUUCGUUUUGAUCUGCUCUAAUGUAAUUGGGUAACAGAGACACCUGACGUAGGUUCAGAUGUUUACAUCAAUACUUGUCCAAUAAUGCAUAUAAUCAGGUUCAGGGAAACAAUUUACUAAAUGCCAAUAUAUACACACUGUUCACAUUUAUACAAUAACUUGCUUGCCAUUUGUAAAUAUAUACAUAUUUUAGCAGAUUUACUCAACGAUACAAAUUUUUUAUAGAAAGAAAUCACCUGUCUGUAUUAUCUAGAGUUUAAACAGAAGUUAGUUUUUAUAGGUAGAUAAUUUUACAGUUCUAAAAUGAUAGAACUUUGUGUAAGUACCUUAAAUUAGAGCAAAACUCUGUUUUGUAUGGGCUCAUGCAUCCCCAGUUGAGUAAGUCUGAAGUGCUGAUUUAAUUCGAGUGGCACAUUCCAUGUCAGAGCAGAGUUUCUGACAGCACUGCCAUUGCAAACCUCUAUUUUCAGGGGUUUAGACAAAGUUGCUCUGGGCUUAAACCUUACAGAGAAGGAACCCAGGAAAGAAACAAGUUUUUUAAUUAUUAUUUUUUAAAAUAUAUAAAAUUAGUUUUUGACUAUUUAAAGAAAGUCUGGGUUCUUGUUGCUUUUUAUUUUCAUUCUUAAUACUAAUUUUACUUUAAGAGAGGAAAAGAAAUAUGGUAGGCUAAUGGUCCAUAAAAUGGUCUGAUGAGCUUGAAUCUUAUGAGAAAUGUAUUAAUGGCCAGGAUGUUUUUGAAUAGUGGCUACUGUACAUGGACAUUGACAACAUUUCCAAGAAAUUUAUUAGGGUUUUAAUGUGCCUGAGGACAUAUUUUUAUGAUACACUGAAAAAGCUCCAAAAAUCACUGAAGAUUAAAAGCGAAUAUUAUGUAUUUACAAAAUAUUUUGAUAUAAGUAUUUAAUCAUCAGACCACAGUUAAUAUAAAAUAUAUGCUCCGGUGUAUCUUACAAAUAAUAUACAUUUUAAGAAUAUAAGUCUAUAUUAUGCAGAGAAUCCUAAAUUCAAGUAACUGAAGCUAAUGGGUCUGAUCUUAUAUAGCAGUUGGUUUUAUUGUCUCGUAAACUGAAAGAAAGAAAAAAAGGAAAGUAAAUAUACAGGAUAUACAUUUGAAGGAUAUUAAGGUUAUAGAUAAACCAUAAAACGCCAGGAAUAACAUGUAAGUAUGUCUCAUAUUUGUGGUUCACUGAGGUAAUGACCUUAUGGUCACAAGAGGAGAAUUGGCAUCUGGCUCUGCAAUCACUGCAGGACAGAACACCAAGCUGCAGCACCCCAGUGACUAGGGAGAAAUUGUUCUUUUCUGCUCAGUCCCUGUUUUCAUGGUUUGAGUAAGAACCUUAAUACACUUCACAGAAGAUAAUUUUAUAUGUCUCCUUUGUAACAUAUAUACGUGUGGUUUCCUCCAUGCCUACUCUCACAGACACGUUGUACAUAUGCAUGCGUAGUCAGAGCGCACCUCCUCCCAGCGUACAUGCACACGGGCAGACACGCACCCUGCACACUCACACCUGUGCAAACAUGGCCACUCAUGCACACUCCUACAUGCAGACUGAGGGGAUGCACCACCAGUCUGUUUCACAACACGCUGGUGAGGAUUGCCUGAGAAUGAGGUUUACAUUUGGCCUAGCUCUGCUUACGCAUUUUAGACAGUUAAAGCUAGAAUACCCUCAAAAGGUUGGAUGUACAGAACGUGGAAUGUUAUCCUAGUGUUCAGCCCUAAGCCUAACAUCCUUUUUUCUGUUCUGUUUUCAUGUGACUAUAAGGAGCAUAUCUUUCCUUGCAUGACAGCUCUGCUAAAAAAUCGUAUUUCUCCAUUAUGUUUGAUGGACAAAUUGUACAGGGAGAUCCUAUAGGGUACUGGAAGUCGAGAGGGAGGGAGGAUGCGGUGGGCUUGGGUAAUACACGGAACUGGAAGCACUGAUUGCAGGUAGUAUCAGUGGUGCUUCUUUGAAUCACUAGAAGGUAUCAGCUACCGUUUCUGCAGGACUUGUCUGUGGCAAAUUAUUCAUUGUAUGCAUUUCGUUUGCGUUGUGGCGUGUAUGUAUCAAGAAACCAAUUGACUAACACUAGACUAGCUCCCUCUCACCUACUGACUAACAAGAAUCAUCAUUAAAAUGCUUUGGCUGCCCUUCA